AUUAUCGAUCAUUAUCAAGUGAAAUUUAUAAAGGAUUAUCAUUAUUUAAAUUAUUAAAUUAUUUAUGUUGUUUACCAAAUGGUAUUGAAUCUGAUUUACUUGAAAUUUAUGAUUGUCUUUGUUCAACAUUAAAUUUUAUUCGUUUUAUUGGUUUAAUUGAUAAACGAAAUAUAAAUCAAACAUUAAUAUGGACAGAACAUUUAAAUCAUUUAAAUGAAACAUUUAUAAAACCAUUAAGAAAAUCAAUUGAAUUAGCACGUGCACAUUAUAAACUUGAAAUAAAAAAUAAAAAAGAAGAUAAUAAACCACAACAAAUGGAUACAGAAAUAUUAGUAGAUAGUAAACCUUUAUCAAUGCCUAGUAAACAAGAACAAUUAGAAACUUUACAUUCAGCCGUAACAAAAUUUGAUAUUCUUGAUUGUAUACUUAGCACUCUUAGUGAAACAUUUGGUGGGGAAUUAUGA